UUCUGAGUCACCCUGUGUGAAGAGAGAGACACCUGACAGUUCGCUGUUGCUCUCAGCGACUGACUGCAAGCUUUAUUGGCUGGGAAAGCAAUCCAAAUUAAACCCAAUGUCCAGUCGACUACCACGGAUUUCAGUACAGACAUGUCAAUAGUAGAAUUGUUUGGAGUCCAAAUUGACAUGCAGCUCCUGGGCAAGCUGACUUUGUCUGGUGCUGCCAUACUAUUCGUCUCCUUUGUUUUUGGAUUCUACCACAUCAGGGCACGAAACAAACGUCAAGGACAAAAGGGCACAAAGAAAAUCCAGGGAAGCAGCAGCACAUUCAGUAAUGGGCAAGAACCACAAAGUAAAGCUGCAACAGAGGAAUCUUCAGUGAAGCCUUUAGAGGAAAACCUUGGAAAUGGCAAUGGUGUGGUUGAAUGUGUCCGGGCUAAAAGUACGGACCUGGGCAGCUGUGCAAAGGAAAAUAUUUUCUCUGAAGAGCCUUCAUACGAAAGACUUAAACAUGCCAAUGGUGCAGUUGAAAAAAGCAUGCCUGGGACUACAGACUUGGACAGUUUUGGAAAGGACAAAGUUAACAUAAUGCAGGAUGUAGGUACAGAAGUGUUUCAAGUAAGGAAUAGGGGGAAUAAUGGCAAACUGCGGUUGACCUUGCAACCCCCUGACGAAACUAAGAAAGGUCCAGAAAGUCCAAGCGGUCGACGAUCCCCAUGCCUGUUAAAGAAGCUUGAUGGUGGUGCUGGUGUUGGCAGGGAACUGAGACAAGACCUUGGUCAUGAGGGUAUGUACUCCACUUUUCAGUCAAAGGCAGAAAUCAAAGUAGAAAAUGCUGACCUUAUCCUUGACGGGCCGGGUAACAAAUCGGGAGUCUAUAGCAAAAUCUACGAUUACUACAUAGAGUCCUCCUCUCACUCUAUCGCCGAUUUGAGCCCCAGUCAGUCCAGGUCUAUCAGUCCAGCAUUUGAUCAACUGGAAAAGGGCCCUUUGUUUAAAUCGACUUCACUGGACUUACCAAAAUUCAAGGAACGUUCUCGAACACCAAGUCCACAACCUUCCAGUUUCAUUAUGAGAGAUCUUGGUCUCACUCCACGAUUUUCUAACGAGCCUCCGCCUGUCUUCAAACCAGACCGUGGUAGAUCCAGCAGGCAAGCAGUCAUCCGUCAAGACAGCUAUCUUUCUGCUGCUGACUCUGAGCUACCGAUGCCCUUCCCCACACAAACGCAUCGUAGCCGUUCUCCUGCCCAACUAAACGACACCACUGUUAAGUCACAAGACUGUGAUGAUACAAACACGGAUGAACCUGAGGAACCACAGGUAGAGACUGUUGCUGGGGCAAAAUUCCUACACCUUCCCGAAAACAUGGGGAACGCCGAACUUGAGAGUUUAGCGGGAAAGAUUGAUUUAGGUAACUGCAUGGAAGCUUUAGCACUUGCUAAAAAACAUGGUCAUGCUGCCCUUCAGCAAGCUGCUCUCCUUGUCAUGUCUGACAAUUACCUCCAGGUCCUCAGAGAGCCAGCCCUCUUCGGCAGGCUGAAAGCAGGGGAACGUGACGAGAUCCAAACACAGCGCAUGAAAGGAAGAAAGUGGUUAGUGGUUGCAGAUAUGGACACUUUAGAUUGGAUACGUCCAACACAGUCUACAGUUUCAGAGUCUGAAUCAGUUAAGACAUCUUGUGGAAUGUAUUACUACGAUGACUAUAAGGACACAUGGCACCCUUAUUGCCAAAUUCCCCAGGAAGUGUUAUCUAAAGGUUGUGCAAUGUGUACCAUGGAUAACUAUCUGUUUAUCGCUGUGGGUUUCCAAGGCCCAGACCGUCCCUCAAAGAAGGUGUACUGUUACAAUCCAAUUACUUCAAUUUGGAGUGAAAUAAGCCCUAUGAACGAGGCAAGGCCUCACUGCAAACUCGUCGCUUUGCAGGGUUAUCUUUAUGCCAUUGGUGGAGAAUGCCUCUCAACGGUUGAACGUUAUGACCCCAGGACCAACAGGUGGACUUUUGUUGCACCACUCCCAAAUGAUACUUUCGCCGUAGCUCACCGGGCCACAGCUUGUGAUGGCGAACUGUUUGUUACUGGAGGCAUAUUGAGAUACACUCUCUUGAGAUACAAUCCUAAGACCAACAUGUGGCGAGAGACCACGAUUGCAGGCAGUAAAGACAAGACUGCAGAAAUGGUGGCGGUGAGAAACUUCCUGUACCGCUUUGACGUCAGCUCUCUUGGCAUCAAUGUGUAUCGCUACCACGCUGCGGCUCGCAUAUGGUACGAAUGCUCUACGAUACGCCUCUCCAACUGCACUGCCUUUCAGUGUGUGACCAUGGACAAUAUUAUCUACUGCGUGAGCAGACAAUUCACCUUGCGAUUUCUCGCAGAUGAGAUAUCUCCAAGCUUUGUGGCACAGGAUUUGAAAGUGCUCUCCCCAGUUAAAGGCUAUUUGUUUCCUUUUUUCCUUGUGCUGCCCGAAAGUACCACUCCACAGACCCCUGUUUAAGCAAGGUCAAGUAUAAGGCAGCUUUGUACUUACGGUUUUUUAUUUUUUUAUGUUCAGGACCAUAUUAAGUGCAUGUUUGUGAAAUGUACGGUGUCUUAAUUAGCGGCAAAUGAGAUGAAAUAUCAAGGCUAUUACAUCCAUUUGUCGUACAGCUAGAUAACAAUUACGCAGCACUUACCGAUAAAUAAAUCUACUGUCUCAGUGAAAGCCAUUUGUUUGUUUGGGCCCUCCAUCCAAUCUGAUGUCUAAAUCAACCUUUACAUCUUGGAAACGUUUUGCUUAUAAGUGCUUAAAAUGUUUCACUGAAUAUACUGCUUUAAAACACUCUUUGGAAAAUGUUUUCCAGUGAAUACUGUGUGUACAAUAAACCAUGACGCAAAUGCAUAGCAAGCAUCAUAGACAACAUGAAUGGUUGCCAUUGCAACAAUUUAUGUAAGCUAGCUAAUUAUAUUCAUAGCAUUUUCUUUGCAUAUUUGAAGUUAUAUUACUUAGUAUAGUACUAGCCAUAGACAGAGGGGGUCAGAAAGUGUAAUGUAAAUCUUUUUAUUGUGUCUAUAUAUUUUUCUGCCAUUUUCAUAAAUCAUAAAUCAUGUAAUCAUAUCAGAGAAUGGGAUCUUUUUGGUUAAUGGUUUUAUUCAUAAAGCAUCUCUGAUUUCUCUAAAUCAACUCUGUGCCUCUUCUAAUGGAUCUUUCCAUAGACUUUUUUACAUCGCUGAAGCACUUUAGGGAACGCAGAGGUAUAUUUGUGUAUACCAUUAGACUUUAUAGAGUAAACUAAUGACUUAAUGGGUAAGGAUAGAACCUAAUAUUUUGUCUCUUCAUCUCUGUCUCUAUCUUCUGAAGAAAUGGGAAUAAAAAUCACUUCAUUAAUUAUAA